UAAAUCCCCUUUCCAGAGGCGUAGAGCAAGUUGGUAGAAGCGAGCUGAAGACAGCUCCGUAUAUAAGUGGCGGGGCAGUCGCUGUUCGGUUAGUCAGUGAUGGAUAUCUCACGAUUGUGUACGCCGCUCUGGCUCGUGCUCACUCUAGCAGUGGGCAGCUAUGGGUUCUCAGUAGACCCAAGUUUCGGCGGGAAGUCUGUGUACGCCUCUGCUCCUAGUUUCGGCGGGAAGUCUGUGUACGCUCCCGCCCCCAGUUUUGGCGGGAAGUCCGUGUAUGCUCCUGCCCCCAGUUUCGGCGGGAAGUCCGUGUACGCUCCCGCUUCCAUUUUCGGUGGGAAGUCAGUGUACACUCCCGCCCCCAGUUUUGGCGGCAAGUCUGUGUACGCUCCCUCCCCUAGCUACGUUGCGGCUCCCGCCCCAAGCUAUGUUUCCGCCCCCACUCCCGCCCCCGGCUACUACCCCGGGCUCUCCAGCGCCCCCAGCAAGUCCGGUAGCCUGGUGGAACGCUUCCGCUGGCGAUUCAUUGACUACGACUUCCCCAGCGCGGAGGAGCGCUAUGCAGCCAUGGCCCAACAACUCUACAUCCCCGAGAACAAUCUACCUGUUGGCAUAGAGAUCUGGAACAACAAACUGUUUGUGUCAGUCCCACGUUGGGCGGCAGGUGUUCCCGCCACACUGAACUAUCUGCCCCUGGACGAAGCCCCCGUUGAAGAACCCAAGUUGAUCCCAUACCCAGACUGGGCCUCCAACCGUAUAGACGACUGUGACGCCCUCACCACCACUUACCGUAUCCGCGUGGACGAGUGCGACCGUCUCUGGGUGUUGGACUCUGGAACCGUGGGCAUAGGCAACACUACUCAGCAAGUGUGUCCGUAUGCGUACCACGUAUUUGACUUGCGCACCAACAAGAGAAUCCGCAAGUACCAGUUGAAGGAUGAUGACAUCAACGCAGACACUUUCAUCGCCAACAUCGCUGUAGAUGUGGGCAAGACCUGUGAUGACACGUUCGUGUACGCUUCGGACGAACUGGGCUACGGACUCAUCGUCUACAACUGGCUGGAGAACGACUCGUGGCGUCUGGAGCACGGAUUCUUCCAGCCGGACCCUCUGGCUGGAGAUUUCAACGUUGGCGGAAUCAACUUCCAGUGGAGCGAGGAAGGAAUUUUCGGAAUGAGCUUGUCCGCACCUCUCGGCAACGGCUUCAAGACCUUAUUCUUCCACGCUCUUGCGAGCAACAGAGAGUUCUCAGUAUCAACAGAGAUUCUGAGAAACAAGGCGAAGAAAGAUGACAACUACCACGAUUUUGUUGUCUUGCCCUCCAGAGGCCCUGGGGGUCACGUUACUUCACAGACCUUUGAUUCCAACGGGGUUCUUUUCUAUAACUUGGUUGACCAGAACGCAGUCGGAUGCUGGGACUCCAAAAAGCCCUACUCGAAGGAGAAUCUGCAGGUAGUCGCGAGGGAUGAUGUAGGACUGAUCUUCCCGAGCGAUGUGCGUGUCGACCGCACCAGCACCCUGUGGGUCAUCUCGGACAGGAUGCCCAUCCAUUUGGAGGCUUCACUGGACUUCAGGGAUGUCAACUUCAGAAUAUUCUUUUCGCCUGUCCGAGACCUGAUAGCCGGAACCGUUUGUGACUCAGUACCUGCGGUCAACGAAGUCAAGGAUAUUUCACAAUACCUUUACUACAAAUAAGCCACAGUGUGUAAGUAAUAUUUGUAAAAAGUGCCACCCUGAUGAUAUAACCGUGUCAACCUAGAUGACGCAAAUGUACUAUAUUGUAGAAGUUACGCAUUUUUACCAAAGCAAUUGUCAAUCACAAUGUUUUCAUACUCAUCGCACUCUCCUUUCUCCACUUUCACCUUCUUAGAUUUAUAACUUCAUUUUAUUCGUUACUUUCUUACAUCAUAGUAACUGAUCACACUCAUAUAUCCACUUUACCAUUACUUACCAAUCCACUACUUACCACAACUGUGUUACUUUUCCAUUGUGACUUCUAUCGACGCUCUAAAGAUUUAUAUUGAAUAAGUGUUUUUCAUCCAUUUCUCUUUGCUAUGGCCUUUGAUUGUAGCAGUUACAUAAGAGAUAACCCUUCCAAUGCUAAGGCAAAAGUGAGCGCUCAGACACUGGAAUACUUUAUGUUGUGUGAGAGGCGGUACUGUGGUGCGCUCAGGCGGCCCUGAAGUGAACUUAUCGUCUCUCUCACUCGCUCCGAUGAUGACGUAGCAAGUGAUUAGUGUUGAUGACUCUGUCGGAUCUAAUCACUAGGAUCGCAACUCUAGUCGCUUUCCAAGUGAAGCGCUGCUGACGAUGGAAAAGGAUGAAAGGAGCGCUCGCGACUCUAGCGCAGUCUCUCUGCAGGACCUCGCAUUAAUUAUUAACAGAGAGGGCGGUCGUUUUUCUUGAAACCUUGUCAAUAUCAUGGAAGGAGACCAAAUGUGUGCACGCAGUGGUCGUGGCGCAGCCUAGCGCCGGACCUCAGAACCAACUGAACUACCCCGGGACCUCAGCACAACUCGUUUAUAUGAAUGAUUUAUCUCCUGUGUAACGAAAACAAUCAAAGGUCUUACCUGAAUCUGGAAAAUGGAGCAAAUUUGUGAUAUAUUAAUCGGAUAAUAUAAUUUAAUUUGUAUUAAAUUUGUUCCUUGUUUAAGCUAUAUGUUACUAUCAAAGUUGAAGAUUUAGUUUAUGAAACCUUUACAAUAAGAAAACGCUUUGGAUUAGUAAAAUACCAAAUUAACAUAUAAUUUUUAAAUUGCUGUGAACUAAGUUAAAGUAGUAGUUUUAGUGUAUUCCAGUCAUGUGAAAAUUGUUACCUGUUAAGUUACCACUAGCUUAAUUUUGUAAAAAUUCUUGUAGCAAAUUUUAUAUGAGAAAUGUGAGAAAAAUAAAUGAUUUUUUUAUAGUA